AUCGACGCACUCUUUCUAGUCAGCUUGCCUUGCUGGGAUAGGACAGGUCACACUUCUUGCUCAAACACCAUGGCUCUCUCUAUGCUCACCUCUGGCUCUUCCCGACAGCUUUCUUCAUACAGUCUUGGAGGGGGUGGCGGAGGAUCUGUCAGAUUAUCUAGUGGUGUAGGCUUCAGUGGUGGCUCCAGCUUUGCUGGAGGAAGCCUUGGCGGAGGAUACGGAGGUGGCCAUGGUGGAGGAUACGGAGGUGGCCUUGGUGGAGGAUACGGAGGUGGCCAUGGUGGAGGAUACGGAGGUAGUCUUGGUGGAGGAUAUGGAGGUGGCCUUGGUGGGGGUAGCAGCUUUGCUGGUGGCUUUGGUGGUGGCUUUGGAGGGGGAGAUGGCGGUCUCCUCACUGGCGGUGAGAAGCAAACUAUGCAGAAUCUCAACGACCGCCUCGCCAACUACCUGGGCAAAGUGCAUGCUCUUGAAGAGGCAAACACAGAACUGGAACUCAGAAUCAAGGAAUGGUAUGCAAAGUACAGCACUCCUGACACUGACAGAGACUAUAGCAAAUAUUUCAGAAUUAUUGAAGACCUUCGGAAUCAAAUAGCUGCAGCUACUAUUGACAAUGCCAGAAUCGUCUUGCAAGUUGACAACGCUAGACUGGCUGCUGAUGAUUUCAAACUUAAGUAUGAAAAUGAAUUGUUCCUACACCAGAGCGUGGUGAGUGACAUAAAUGGCUUACGGAGAGUCUUGGAUGACCUGACCAUGAAUAGGUCUGACUUAGAGAUGCAGAUCGAAAGCCUGAGUGAGGAGCUGGCCUACCUCAAGAAGAACCACGAAGAGGAACUGAAGAGCUUCCGAGGGGUGGCUAGUGGCGAUGUCAACGUUGAAAUGGAUGCUGCACCAGGAAUUGACCUGACUAAGCUACUGAACGACAUGAGAGCCCAGUAUGAAGAACUUGCAGACAAGAAUCGCAGAGAGGCGGAAGAACAGUUCAACAAACAGGUUGGAGCUCUGAGGCAAGAGAUAUCUGCCAAUGUGGAUCAACUGAGCUCAAGCAAGAGCGAGAUCACCGAUCUGAAGCGGACUCUGCAGGCACUGGAACUGGAAUUGCAGGCCCAACUUGCCAUGAAACAAUCCCUUGAAGGUACUUUGGCAGAAACAGAACGAAAUUACUGCGAUCAGCUUGGCCAAAUGCAGGGUCAGAUCAGUAGCGUAGAGGAACAGCUAAUGCAGCUCCGGGCCGAAAUGGAGAACCAGAAUGUAGAAUAUCAGCAGCUUCUAGGGAUCAAGACACGUCUGGAAAGGGAAAUUGAAACCUACCGCCGCCUACUGGAUGGAGAAGGAGGUUUUGGAUCGGGAGCUUCCGGAUCUGCAAGCUACAGUUCCACGGUUUCAGGAGGCUCUGGCAAAGAGUCCACGAAAACCAGAAUGGUUAAGACAAUUGUAGAAGAAGUGGUUGAUGGCAGGGUCGUCUCAUCCCAGGUCAAAACAGUUGAAGAGAAACCAACUAAAUAAACAUUAGGAGAGUGCGAAAAUGUCCUUCCUUUUAAUACAUGUCCCAGCAAAGAAACCCGCCUUAGGAACUUCAAGAACUAUGCAAGAGUUUUUGAAAGCCUUUUUCUUGACUUCUGUCUCUUCUUCCCACGUUUCUUUAAGCAGAGCUCAAAACUGCAUUCUGAAAUUCUGAUCUCCUGUAGCUGGAAUAGUUCAAUAAACCUUUUUACUAUUUGCAUA